UUUCCCUCUCAGUCACAAAGUACCCAAAAAGCACCGAUCCGUUUCCGAGCCAAACCAAGCCAAGCCGAGCCACGGCGUGCGUCUGCGCCCCACAAACUCAACCCCCCCCCCCCCGCCUCCAACAACUCCACCACCACUACCAAACACCCCACCCUCGCCUUCACCGUCUCCCAUCGCCGUCUCUCAUGCUAUGGAGCCGUAAAGCCAGCCAGCCUCUGUGUGCUUAACUGAGGCGAGCGUGUGAACCAGCAACGGAUCCACGGAGAGACCGAGCGGCUAUGGAGGAGCAGCGCAGGGAGGCUGGAGUCUAGACAAAUCAGCACUUAUCCGGAUUACUUUUUGCAACAUUUUUGAACUCUAUUACCACUACUAGAACCAGGAUUUCAUUUUUUUGUGUCUGCUGAUCAUCUCCUAUCAUUGCACAGCGAGGAUGCAGAGGAAGGAGGCGAGCGUUUUUUGCACGGGAUGCUGGAGACUAACGCUGCUGUCGUGCGUCCUGCUUCUGCACUUGAUCCCACUGACUGUGCACGGAAACACUGUUGGGACCAAUGCCACUGAGCCGGACAGCGUGGCCAAUGUUACCUCACUGCUUAAUGAGGAGGAGGGGCCUGAGAAGGCCAAUGAGGUGAGUGUCUCAGCCAACCCUGACCCGGUUAGCACUGUGACCCCGAGGGCGGGCCGGAUGCCUCGUGCAGGUGAAGAAGAGGAGCAGAGCAGUGGCAUGUUUGGUGAGUCAGUGGUUCCGACUGUGGAGGAAGUGGCCGUGGCUGCUCCACCUCAGCUCAGCCCUGACUCUGCUGAGACGGAGCACCUGUUACCAAGCAGCCCGCGUGAAACUGAAGAGGUAGAGGAAGAGGAGGAGGAGGAAGAGCGCUUGCCCCACACUGACCCACCCUGGAUUCACAACAAGGACACAGCGGUGUUCGACCUGGACCGCUUCUUCACCACCACCACCCCCCCUCCCACCAACCCCUCCAACCCCGACAUCCUCCACGUGGACUUUUUCGACCCUUCCUCCCGUGGGCGUGGGCUCGACCUUGCCCCUCCCUCCCCUUCAUCACUGGCUCAUGAGCUGCAGGGUGGAGACCCGACUUCAUGGGCGAUGCCAGACAACUACGACUACCUCACCCCCUAUGAAGACGGUGUGUCCCCCACCGCUGAUGAGUACACCUACAGCACCACGACCGACGCCUACGAGACGGAUGAAGACCUGCGGCUCUCUGCUGGGUCUCCGGCUCGCUCCAGGCCCAGGGCCCCUGGCUCUGGCUCCUUUGUCCCUGGUGCUUCACUUCCUGGUGCGGGGGCCCCAGUGCCAAACAACCCUGUGGGGAGUCCCCCAGCUGCUGCACCAGUGGACGGGUCAGACGGGAUGGGCGGAUGCCGUGUGGGCUUCCAGAUGGUGAAUGGAAGCUGCCGCUCGCCCUGUGACAUGCAGCCCAACUACUGCUUCAAUGGAGGACAGUGUUACCUGCUGGAGGGCAUGGGAGUCUUCUGCAGAUGUAAUGUCCAGGAUUACAUCUGGCACAAGGGUGCUCGCUGUGAAUCCGUGGUGACUGAGUUCCAGGUGAUGUGUCUGGCUGUGGGCGCCUCGGCUCUGGUGGUCCUGCUGCUCUUCAUGAUCAUCGUCUGCUUUGCCAAGAAGCUCCACGUGCUCAAGACCGAGAACAAGAAGCUGCGCAAACGCAGCAGUAAGUACCGGCCUACAUCGGAGGCGCACAAUGACAAUUUCUCGCUGUCCACCAUCGCUGAGGGCUCCCACCCAAAUGUAAGGAAACUGUGCGACACCCCUCCUAACGUCCCUCAUGCCCGUGCAUUGGCUUACUAUGAUAACAUUAUCUGUCAGGAUGAUCCUAACUCCCAGAAUAAGCUGGAGGACCCGGUGAAGGCCCCGCCUAAGGAGGAUGACACCCUCAACAUCCACAACUCUCUGACCCCCAAACAUGAGAACCACAAGGUCCUGGGCGAGGAGAACUCGGAGGUAAACUCACUGCAGAACAACAUGAUGUGAAAGCAAAACAAACAAAACAACCCCAGCAACCUGGCAACACGACAACGAUAAAGGUUCGCCGGCAACGGAAGCCAACCCCCCAAACCCCUCCCACCCCCCCACCCUGCUCUCUGCUCUCCGCUGCCGAGUGUGCCAAACCGGUCAACCAACAAACCAGCCUGUCAACAAACCAGCCAACCAACCCAGUCUGCAACCGUCUCCGACACGGCAACACUGCCACCAAGCGGCCUCUACCGCUGCAAAAAAAAAAACUUACACUACCACCACCACUACCGCCGCCACCACUGCCCCGGCUGAGAGUAAAAAAACCCUCCACCAGCCUCACCCUGCCGCCGCCUUGCAACCUCCCCCUCCCCAUUUGACAUCCAAUCACGUCCCUGUUUCGCAGCCCCGCCCCCUUGUUGCUGUCACUCGACUCUCCCUUUUCUCUCUUCCUUGCACACACAAACACAAACACAUAAGAAGCAUACACAUACGGUGAAAAGAUGACGACAUAAACACGCUUAUAUGUAGACACAAACACCCUCCCCUGCCUGCAUCGGUGUAUUUUGUAAAAAGAAAGAAAUCAUAAAGAAGUUUAAAACGUACGUAAAAAACGUCAUUGUAAAAAAAAUAAGAUAAAGCUACUGAGAGGUUUUGAUGUUUGUCUGACUAAUCCAGUGAGUAUGUAUAAAUAUUGGAAAAAAAUUUGCUUGGAUUGAUUUAAAAAAAAAAAAAGAAGCAACACAAUGUGUCUUGGUUUUCAUUGAUGUGAUUUCUAAUCCUUGAUGUACUUGUUUUUUGUUCUUUUUUUGUACUUUUUUGGGACUUCGAACAGAGAAUAAACAAACAAGAU